CAAAAUUCGUCCGAUUGAGCACUUCAGAAAUAAAUUAUUUUCACUUUUCCCCCAAAAUCUUUUGAAUCGAUGGAAGAUAAAGGCGCAAUCACGAACCCUAAAAGCACACAAGAUCUAGCAAUGGAUGGUCAGAAGCAUUUGGAAGACACAAUCGAAGCAGCUUUCCAAAUCCUCUGUUCCAUGAACGACGAGCUCUGCAACCCAGCCCUGUGGUCCACAACUGCUUCUUCUACUGCUGCUACUACCACUUCUACUAAUGCUACUAGCUCUGCUGUGAGCAAUGGACAUCACCAUGCUUCUCACUCCUCAAACGGCGACGUUUCGUCUGAUUCUUCGCACCACUUCGAGAUGGGCGGUGGAGCUCUCGACGAGGCUCGUCUCCGCUACAAGUCUUCCAUUGCAGCUCUCCGAGCGGUUAUCAGUGCGAUUCCCAAUUCUCAGAAGGUAAAAGCAUACGAAAUAGGCCCAGCAACAAGCAGUUCUUCAGUGGAUCAUGCUGAAAUUGAGAAGCUGGAAGAGCGAGCCUCUGCUUUAAGAAAGGAGCUCACAAAUCGAAACGAUUAUCUCAAAGUUCUUAUUGAUCAGCUUCGCGACCUCAUAACCGACAUAUCAACAUGGCAAAGUCCUUGUUCUGUUUGAGGUUCAGAUGUCUUUAAUGAUUCCUGAAAUAGAGGCUUGAGUCCAAGAAUUUCAUCUAGGUAAUUAUGUUUCAUUUCAUAAUUUCUUCAAACAUGCGAAAUGUGUGUCUAUUGGUAAACGCCAAAAUGGUUUGAAUGCCUUAUUUUGUUAAAUAGUGUAGAUGAUCACCUGAUGAAAUGUUUGUCCAAAUAUAUAGUAGAUGAGAA